UAGUCUAUGUUCCUCAUCUUAUAAUAUAAACCCUUACCAUCCCCAAUACACACACACGCAGAGAGUGUUGACGUUCUCUUUCACAUUCUUGAUCACCAAACAAAAGCAAUACAAAGAGCAAGAACGCGAAAAAAAGGGUUUUUUUUGGGGGAGGGGGUUUGAAGAGAGAUGGAUUUCACGACAUCUCCGUACAGUGGAGGAGGAGAUUCUGGAUGGACCAUGUACUUGGAACAAUCCUACGUUUCGGCAACUCAAAACGACGUCGGAUACGGAUUCUACGGCCGUGCCGAGGAAGAGGACUUGUCCAUGGUGUCCGACGCUUCCUCAGGGCCACAUCGAUGCAACUUAUACGACCGCGAUUGUUACUACCAGGAGAACAACGACAAUGGGUUUUCGCUCUCUGGUUCUUCUUCUUGCGAAUCCUCGAUGAAGAAGACGACUAAGAAGAAGAAGAAUGAUAUGUCGAAGGAUCAGCCAGAAUGUUAUGGCGGCGGCAACUCUAAUCAGAUGUAUUCAUGUCUUGACGACACUGCGAGCUCCGAUAUGCACGUCUUCUCAUCAGAGAAGGGUUACAGUGCUUAUGGAGAAGACGUAUCUGAGGGAGACACAUUGGGCUUCUCUGAAACCAAAUCAAAGGGAAAAUCUGGAUUCAGGAAACAUUUGAGGUUCUUCCAGCCAUCGGUUCCCGAGAAACCAGAAUCUGAAGGAAAAGGUAAUGGGACACAGAGAAGAAAAAGAGGAUGAUGGUAAUAACAAGUGUUCUUGUGGUGAAGAAACCCAAAAAAAAAAGGUCCUCUUUUUCUGUAAAUCUUUCAUUUUUCCCUCCACUUUUCAUCAGGAAAAUAAACCCAGAAAGCAAAUACUUUUGGGGAAGAUAUGGUGUUUUUGCGCCUUGCUCGAGUGAUGUAUCAAAAUUGUAUAUGCUUAUGUUAAUAGCUAAUGGCGGGAGACAAAUCAACAUUUUGUUUUCUGUAAAAUCUGUAAAUAAACAUUAAAUGUUGAUUUGUCACUUUUGAAAAUUAAA